GGCGCAGCCCUGACGCGCGACGGAGCCGGGGGGAGCCCGGAGCGCGGGGGCGGGGGGUGAGGGAGCCGGAGCGGCCGCCGCGGUCCGAGCGCGGAGCGCUGAGCCCCGCGGCCACCCACCCCCGGUCUCGGCCAUGAGGAGGGACGAGCGAGACGCCGCCAAAGCCAUGCGGUACCCGCAGGCGCCGGACGGGACCGGCUCGCCCCCCGAGAGCCUGAGGAACGGCUACGUGAAGGGCUGCGUGAGCCCCCUGCGGCAGGACCCUCCGCGCGGCUUCUUCUUCCACCUCUGUCGCUUCUGCAACGUGGAGCUGCUGCUGCCGCCGCCGCCGGCCUCCCCCCGGCAGCCGCGGCGUGGCUCCCGCUGCUCCGGGGCGCGCCUCGCGCUGGGCGCCCUGGCCGCCUUUGUCCUCGCCCUGCUGCUGGGCGCGGGGCCCGAGAGCUGGGCUGCCGGGGCCGCCCGGCUGCGGACCGUGCUGAGCGUCUGCUCGCUCAGCCUCAGCCCCCUCUUCAGCAUCGCCUGUGCCUUCUUCUUCCUCACCUGCUUCCUGACCCGGACCAAGCGGGGCCCCGGGCCGGGCCGGAGCGGCGGCGGCGGCUCCUGGUGGCUGCUGGCGCUGCCCGCCUGCUGUUACCUGGGGGACGUGUUGGUGUGGCCGUGGUGGUCUUGGCCUUGGGGAGACGGAGACGCCGAGGUCCCGGCCCCGCACACGCCCCCGGCGGCGGCGGCGGGCAGGUUGUUCUUGGUGCUGAGCUGCGUGGGCUUGCUGACGCUCGCGCACCCGGUGAGGCUCCGGCACAGCAUCCUGGUGCUGCUGUUCUCCUGCUUCGUCUGGUGGGUCUCCGUCACCAGCCUCGGGUCGCUGCCCUCAGCCCUCCGGCCGCUGCUGUCCUGCCUGGUCGGGGGCGCUGGCUGCCUGCUAGCCCUGGUGUUGGAUCACUUCUUUCACAUCAGGGAGGCUCCUCAUCAUCCUCGGCUGUCCAGUGCCGCGGAAGAAAAAGUGCCUGUGGUCAGACCCCGGAGGAGGUCCAGCUGCGUGUCGUUCGGAGAAACUUCGGCCGGUUACUAUGGCAGUUGCAAAAUGUUCCGGAGACCUUCGUUGCCUUGCAUUUCCAGGGAACAGAUGAUUCUUUGGGAUUGGGACUUAAAGCAAUGGUAUAAACCUCAUUACCAGAAUCCUGGAGGUGGCAGUGGAGUUGAUCUCUCAGUGCUGAAUGAGGCUCGAAAUAUGGUGUCAGAUCUUCUGAUUGACCCAACCCUCCCCCCACAAGUCAUUUCUUCCCUGCGGAGCAUCAGUAGCUUGAUGGGUGCUUUCUCAGGGUCCUGUAGGCCAAAGAUUAAUCCUCUCACGCCAUUUCCUGGAUUUUACCCCUGCUCUGAAGUAGAGGACCCAGCCGAGAAAGGAGAUAGAAAACUUUACAAGGGCCUAAGCAGUAGGAAUAGCUUACCCACUCCACAGCUGAGGAGGAGCUCAGGGACAUCAAGCCUGCCACCUGCGGAACAUUCGUCAAGGUGGGAACGCAAUAACGGCAGGAGGCCUCACCAAGAAUUUGGCAUUUCGAGUCAAGGAUACUACCUAAAUGGGCCUUUUAUGUCAAAUCUACUGACACUCCCGAAGCAAAGGUCAUCUUCUGUGUCACUAACUCACCAUAUAGGUCCAAGAAGAGCUGGUGCUUUACCCAGCCUGAGUCCUGUGAAUUCUCCCAGCCAUGGACCACUGUAUGCUGGCUCUCUAACUAAUCGAUCACCUAUAGAAUUUCCUGAUACUGCUGAUUUUCUUACUAAGCCAAGUGUUACUUUACACAGAUCUCUGGGCAAUGCACCCAAUUCACCAGAUUUUUAUCAGCAACUUAGAAAUUCGGAUAGCAAUUUAUGUAACAGCUGCGGGCAUCAAAUACAGAAAUAUGUUUCAACAUCUGAAUCAGAGUCUGGUACAGACUGCCAUAGUGGAAAAUCGGGUGAUGAAGACAACACCACUUUCUCAAAAGAAUCACUCAGCCUUGCAGAAGCUCAACAAGAAGUGGAAACAGAGAGCACAGAUUGCAGGAAAUUAUUUAUGGAAGGUGAUAAUCACCUAACAGAAGAGGCACAGAAUGAACAGCAAUCAAAUAUUGAACAGGAAUCAUCACUGGACCUGAUUUUAAUAGAAGAUUAUGACUCAUUAAUAGAAAAGAUGAGCAACUGGAAUUUUCCAAUUUUUGAACUUGUAGAAAACAUGGGAGAGAAGUCAGGAAGGAUCCUGAGUCAGGUUAUGUAUACCUUAUUUCAAGACACUGGUUUAUUGGAAAUAUUUAAAAUUCCCACUCUACAAUUCAUGAACUAUUUUCGUGCAUUAGAAAAUGGCUAUCGAGACAUUCCUUAUCACAAUCGUAUACAUGCCACAGACGUCCUACAUGCAGUUUGGUAUCUGACAACACGGCCAAUUCCUGGCUUGCAGCAGAUCCACAAUGAUCAUGGAACAGGAAAUGAAACAGAUUCUGAUGAUAGAAUCAACCCAGGGCAAAUUGCCUACAUUUCUUCAAAGAGCUGCUCCAUUCCUGAUGAGAGCUAUGGUUGCCUAUCUUCAAACAUUCCUGCGCUGGAGUUGAUGGCUUUAUACGUGGCGGCUGCCAUGCACGAUUAUGAUCACCCAGGGCGGACAAAUGCAUUUCUAGUGGCUACAAAUGCCCCUCAGGCAGUUUUGUACAACGACAGAUCUGUUCUAGAAAAUCAUCAUGCUGCAUCAGCUUGGAAUCUAUAUCUUUCUAGCCCAGAAUACAACUUCCUUCUUAACCUUGAUCAUGUGGAAUUCAAGCGCUUUCGUUUUUUAGUCAUUGAAGCAAUCCUUGCCACAGAUCUUAAAAAGCAUUUUGAUUUCCUUGCAGAAUUCAAUGCCAAGGCUAAUGAUGUAAAUAGUAAUGGUAUAGAAUGGAGUAGUGAAAAUGAUCGCCUCUUAGUCUGCCAGGUGUGCAUCAAACUGGCAGACAUAAAUGGCCCAGCCAAAGUUCGGGACUUGCAUUUGAAGUGGACAGAAGGCAUUGUCAAUGAGUUUUAUGAGCAGGGGGAUGAAGAAGCAAAUCUUGGUUUGCCCAUCAGUCCCUUCAUGGAUCGUUCUUCUCCUCAACUUGCAAAGCUCCAAGAGUCUUUUAUCACCCACAUAGUGGGUCCCCUGUGUAACUCCUAUGACGCUGCUGGGCUGCUCCCGGGUCAGUGGAUAGAAGCAGAUGACGACGACGAUACUGAAAGUUGUUAUGAUGAAGAUGGUGAAGAACUAGAUACAGACGAUGAAGAAAUAGAAGACAAUCUGAAUCUUAAACCACAAAGAAGGAAAGGUAGACGGCGGAUCUUUUGUCAGCUAAUGCACCACCUCACUGAAAACCACAAGAUAUGGAAGGAAAUCAUAGAGGAAGAAGAGAAAUGUCAAGCCGACGGGAAUAAACUGCAGGGGGAGAAUUCAUCCUUACUGCAAGCAGAUGAGAUUCAGGUCAUUGAAGAAGCAGAUGAAGAGGAAGAGAGACAGUUUGAGUAAAAGGAAAGACAUACUGAAGUCCCAGCGGCUGUGCCCAGGUCAGAAAUCAUGGCCUAGCGCUCACUGUGCUGACCUUGGACUCCAUCCCUGUGUGGACAGGCCUUAAUACUGUGAGAGGAUCCCUGCUGUGCCAGCAGCUUCCCACUCUUAUGCACUUUCACCACAGAACUAGAAAGUUCUUCUCAGCGUGGCUUCACUUGACUCAUGUUGCAAAGCCCUUAACGCCUGUGCUGGUGUAUACAUCCAUUGUCAUGAUACUGCUUUGCUGGGUAGAAAUCUGUUAUUUUUCAUGAGCGGUAACUAUAACUAUAAAAACUCAAGUGACUUACUUCACUUUCCCAAGUGGCCAGAACUGUUUGCUUUUAUAUUGUAUUUCCAAUGUGUCCUUUAUGUCUUUGAAUGUUUUUUAAGAAGUCUGUGCCUAUUUAAAAAGGAACCCAGCGUUGCCUUUCUGAGGGAUCUGUUCCAUGCAAUACACUGUUGAGUGCUGUUCUCCCAGCUAGAUUUAUCCAUGAAGGACCGAGUGACCUUUGUUAUAGUUAAUAAUUCCUGAUACGCAUCAAUUUCUGAUGCUUUUUACAGUUGUGUAUUAUCUCCUAUGUAUGUUUUAUUUCUGUUCAGAGUAUUCAGGUUUGCCGUGGACAUCAGAAGUCCGAAUUCCACUCUUACUGACCUUAUAUUCCAUGGUUGAAUUUUAAAGCUGUUCAGGUUCAACAAGGAAAGAAUUUUACUCUUUAGUCAAAACUGUUCUUAUUUUUACUCUUGCUCAGGAUUAGUAUUUUUAAAUAUUUAAUUACUAUAAACACAGCACAGAAUUUUAGAAGAAAAAAAUUUUCCUAAUAUUGAUGUUAACCUUUCAUGAACAUGAACAUUAUUUUCUCUUAAAUUUGAGACUAAUUAAAGCCAAGCAAAAGAAGAUGUAUGUCUUUUGCCUUGAUGUAAAAUCAAAUGAGACUAAUCCUAUUAAAGAUAAAGAACAAAAGAAAUAGUGUGAGCGCUAAAGGACACAUACAUUGAAUAAAUUGGAAUAUGUGCUUAUCUUUAGAUCCAUAUCUUAGGUGCCAUGUGUUUACUUACUGUAAAACUCGAGUUCAUCUUUCUGUUAAUUUCCCUUUGCCUUGAGACUACGACUGAAAUGACUUAUGACUACUCAAAACUUCUAGAGCCCAAUGCAAGUCUGAUUUCUGAGAAAGUCAGCAAUGGCAAUACUUAUUUAAUUUUUAUAUAGCAAAUAUAAAUAUUUUAGUAAAUCAUUUCACACAAAAGCACAUUAAGAUAAUUGCAAAGAAAAGGGAACAUAUUUAUGUUUAUAAACUUGUUAGUUUCUGUUAGGGUACAGAUAUGUACCCUAGUUUUGAAAAAACUUUGAAGUUAUAAAGAACAGCCAAAAUGAUAGCAGAACUAGUAUUGGUAGAACUAGUAUUUCUUAUUCAUGGAAACCAUAUUAUAUUUUGGAUCCAUUCACAGCUUUUGUAGACAGUGAAAUCAUUAAUUUUCCAAUGUAAUUCCUUUAAUAAAAUAUGUCAGCAGGCAAUUUCUUACCUACCUAGAAUAUUUGGGUUAUCUGAAAGAUACCAAUUAAAAAUCUAUAGAACUGUUCGAAGUUUUAAUCCUAUAGAGUAUAAUAUUUAAUGAAUCACUAAACUUUAUUUAUUAGACAUGGUGAGUGCUGAGUUUCUUCCUGCCACUUUUGCUACACCAACACAUCAUUUUUAAACUGGUCCCACAUUACUGAGUAAUACAAUUUUAAUUAACUUAUUGAGUUUGCACUUAUAAUGUAUAUAUCCCAUGCUUCUGUUUCUCUAGAGUGCAUUUUGCAUCAUACAUAAUUAUAUUUCUGCUAUUGCAAAUAUGUGUAUACUGCUGUAUAUGUGUAUAAAUUCACACGUGCAUGUAUGCAUAAUGAGAAUCAAAUUUCCUUUCUAUUAUUUUAUUAAAAUUUUAUAUUGGGGUUGUUA